UUUUUUUUUUGAAGGAAUAAAUAAUGUUACUUUGUACAUUGUAAAUUCAGUCAAUAUUACUUUAUGCUUAAUCCUACGUAUAUCCCGUACAUUAUUAUUUUUCUUAAAACAAAUUACGUAGUAAUAAUCAUCGAAUACAACAAACACUUUAUUUGCAAAAUUCAAAGAUCUAAAUUCACCAUUGACAACUUUUUCUCUCUCUCACAUGUUAUUUUUAUUUUUCCCCAAAACAAAAAAAAAAGUCCUAGAAAUCCACGAGACAAACAAACAAACAAAAACAACCAUCCAUUUCAUCACAUCUAUAAAUAAUUAUAAUUAAUCCUUCUUUUCUUUUUCCACCCAAUUAAAUCACUCCCUUCGAAUCCAAUUCCCACCACCACCACCACCACCCCCUUCUCUAAACCUCCAUUUUCUCUCUCCUCCCUCCAUUAAUGGCGGCCGUUGAGAGAGACCCUCAAACCACCUACAACUCCCGCCAUUUCUCUCUCUUCAUCAAAUCUUGUUGCCCAAAUCCCACUAACCCUUCUCACUCCAUUAUCAUCCCUUUACCUCCUUCCAACAACAACAACAAAUCCCCCAAAAAUUCGAUUAAAACCUCCAUUUCUUCUCUUCCUGAUGAUCUUCUCUACGAAAUAUUAUCUCGAAUCCCGCUUUCUUCUCUUCCUGCUAUCUCCGCCGUCUGCCGUCGUUGGGCCCACCUUGUUCACUCCCCCUCUUUCUCUCUCCUCCGUCGGAACCACCGUCUUCUUCAUCGGACUAUUUUUGCCUUUUCUACUUCUUCCGUUUCUACCCUUCGUCCUUUUGUUGAUCAGAAGUGGAAGCUCCCUUCUCAAAACGACGCCGUUUUGGGUGGUGGUAGUGUUCAUUUUCACACGGAUUUCUCACACGCGCGGUUGGCUGUAAUUGGGAGGAAGAUUUUUAUUAUAAAUCGGUCUAGUGCGUUAGUUUUUGAUCCGUGGACCGGGCUCGUGAAGACCCGGUCUGGACCGUUGGUACCGCGAAAACGGUUUGCUGCUGCGGCAGUUUGUGGGAGAAUCUACGUGGCAGGAGGGUCGUUAAGAGCGUCUGACGUGGAAGAGUAUGAUCCCCACGCGGAUGAGUGGCGCGUGGUGGCUCACGCGCCGAGGAGGAGAUAUGGGUGUGUUGGUGUUGGGGUGGAUGGCGUGUUUUACGUCAUUGGUGGGUUGAUGAUUGGUGGCGCGUCGGAAUUACGCGCGGCUGAGGCGCGUGUUUGUGCUAGCUCGAUGGAUUUGUAUGAUGUGGUGGCGCGUGGGUGGUUGAGGAGCCGGGCGGUUCCCGGUGGUGGGUGUGUCGUGGCGGCUUGCGGGGCGGAUGGUUGUGUUUACGUGUUGGCGAGCCACGCGGUUGAGUUGUCGUUUUGGCGGUUUAAUGGACGGAGGAAAGGCGAGGGAGGUGGUGGCGGGUUUGGAGAAUGGUGUCGGAUGAGGAGUCCGCCGCUACCGGCACAAGUUCGGCUCGACGGGACCGUGAAGUUUAGUUGUGUAGGGGUGGAGGAUAAGGUGGUGUUGAUCCAAGUGAUGGGGUGUAUAGAUGAUUUAUUGAGGAGAAGUGGGAGGAAUGUAAGAGGAUAUAAAGAAGGGAUUGUGUUGAUAUUUGAUUGUGUGACUGAGGAGUGGAGUAGAGGGCCUGAUUUACCUGAAUUGGUUCAAAGGGCAGCUUGUGUUUGUGUUGAAUGUUAAUUAAAUUAUAAAAUCUAGUACUAAUAAAUUCUAUGUUAAAUUAUGUGGUACAAUAAAUGUGUGUAGUACUAAUUCUUGAUCAUUUUUGGAAACCAAUUGAUGAUGUUACUAUUGUUUUUCCAUUUAUAGAGAGAAAUUUGGAAGUUUAUUGUAACUUGUAAGAAUUGAAUCAAGUGUGACGUUUCAUACCAUUGGUUGAUUUAUUAAGUGUUAAUGUUGAUUAAUGGAACUUAA